AUGAUUAAAAAGGUAAAAUUGUUUUUAUUAGUAUUAGUAUUAUUUAAUUUUUGUGUUUCACCAUCAUUAUCAUCAUCAUCAAGUGAAUGUCAACAAACAGUUUAUAGUGUUUCAGAAGUUAGUCCAUAUGUUCUUGGUAGUUUAGUUGUUAUUAAAGGUAUUUUUUGUUUAAAUAGUACAAAUGGAGUAUCAGUUGUAUUGAACGUACCAGAAGAACAUUCAAAUAUUGUAUAUGGCUUGAAUUGUAAUGAUUUAACAAUUGAUUCAAUUGGUGAAACAAUUACAUGUAGAUUAUCAGACAUCUAUCAAAGUCAAAAUAAUAAUGCAAACUUUUCAUCAUUAACAACUGUAGCAAUUUAUACACCAAUCCCAGUACCAACACCAACACCAUCACCAACACCAUCACCAUCACCACCAUCAAAAAUUGGUGUUGGUCCAGUACCAGUAUUGGGAAUUUCAAAUUAUAUAUUUACAAAUAGUAGUUGUCCACAAAAUUGUGAAAUAAAUGGAUUUUGUGAUGUUGCAAGUACUUGUAGAUGUAAUGAGGGUUAUGCAUCAUUUGAUUGUAGUGUUAAAGUUUAUAAUGAAUCUUCAUUACCAUCACCAAGUGUUGGUGAUGAUUUUGAUACAUUUUCAAUGAGUACAUCAAAUGAAGAUUUCUCAAUAAGAUUAUCACAUGUUUUGGCUAACCUUGAAUUUCAAACUCAAUUAUCAACUUUAUCGGUAAAUAAUAAGUCAUCAAAUAGUAAUGGAUUAUCGUAUACCCUAAAUGGAACCAUUGGUAGUGAUGGUCAAGCAACCCUAUCACCAUGGUUAAAUCAGUUAUAUUAUAAUGUAGAUUUCAAUAUAAAUGAUGAUGAUGAGGAUAACGAACCAUCGUUUAAAUUCUCCAAUUAUAAGGGUGCAUAUUUACCAUUAUCAUCCUCUGCUGCCACAAUUACAAUUAAUCCCACUAUAGACCCACAAUAUUUGCCAUCGGGUUUUUCACAUUAUCAUGGUUUUGGUGAAUUUUAUAUGAUAUUUGAAAUUUCGAAUAAACAUCUCACAAUGAGUAAAUAUUUGAGUGCUACACCAUUUAUUGCAAGAAGUGUUACAUUGUGGAGUGAAGAAAAUGUAAAUUCGAUGAUGGAAAUUAGUUUAUCCGAUAUUUAUAGUUUUGAUGGAUCAACUGUACCUGAACAUGCUUAUCUUAAUGUAUUCAAUUCAUUUGAUUAUCAAUUUAUAAAAAACUAUUCAAAUAGUUCUUUAUAUGUUGCUAUUAUCAUUCCACAAACGUCAUCCUAUAAUCCAAUUCCAAUGGGUACAUAUACAAUUCAAUUAAAUAUCAAUGUCUAUGAUAUUCGUUUAUCAAUUUCAAAAGGUAGAUUCCCACCUUGGUUUAUCGCUUUAAUUGUCAUCAUUCCAUCAAUCAUUGGAAUAGCUAUCAUAGCAAUAAUUAUUAAAUGUGUUUUAUCAAAACGUAAUAGUUAUUCAAGAAUAGGAGAUCACCCUCUUCACCAUUAG